CUCUGCUGGACCCCACUCAGAGAGCCCUCUACUGGGAUGUCAUGCAGGAGAACUAUGAGACUGUGACCUCGCUGGGCCAGAGAAUAACAUCCAUGUUUCGCUGCAGAUCAUCUCGUCCUCCCAGGGACAAGGAAAUGGCUGCAAUGGAGCUGGCUCAGGGGCCGGUGACCUUCGAGGAGGUGUCUGUGUAUUUCUCCAGGGAAGAGGGGACUCUGCUGGACCCCACUCAGAGAGCCCUCUACAGAGAUGUCAUGCAGGGGAACUAUGAGACGAUGGUCUUGCUGGGUAAGGAUUCCUGUCCCUUCUGUUCUUGGAAGGGGAAAUGAAGAGUGAAGGUUCAUGCCACCCCCACAAUGCCAUCUGUACCCUGUCCUGUUUCAGCAUCACCCCAAUAGACCAGUAACAUACAUACUACCAGAGACCCUCCUCUGCUGCAGAACACUUUGGGAACAGAGCACAGGAGCAGCAUCACACAAUGUCAAAUAUCUCCUCUUUACUCAAGUAAAACUGGGGUUAGGUCCAGCAUAAUGAAGAGAAGCUUCCUACCCCCAGCCUUCUCUCAAACCCUGAGCCUUC